CCCACAGGAGAUGCACCUGAUUCCACCGGAAGCUGUCAGAGCUGAACCAACCCUGAUGCAGAUUUAUCUCAUCCAUCCCGGUGGAUGCUAUUACAAACGUAUUUUUGGUCUUUUCAAGGGGUUUCAUCCCUGCAUUUUAAGAAUUAAUUAUCUCUACGUUAGGCUUUUAUAAAGGAGUUCUGUCCAAGGGAGCGGAGAGGAGUCAGGGUGGUUUUACGCACGAAUUCCGGCUGAACAGUUUGAAGAGGAUGGGCUGUUAAUAGGGGUCUGAGUUUGUUUCCAGCUUUCUACACUCUGAUAAUGAAUGAUAUUCCUGCUUACGGUGGAAACCUCGGCCAUAAUCCUCUCAGAUCUCCGCGCAAAGAUGGAUUGCGUCCUGACAGUCAGCCGGGGACGUCAAGGCCUUACCGGAUGAAUUUCCCCGCUACGUUUGCGACUUUUUUGCUCAACUGAAAAGGCCCGCUGAGCGCUACCGUUACUUCAUCGGUGCCAAAAUGAGGAAAACUGUUCUGAAAGAAGCCGCCAAGCGCUUCCCCUGGGUGGCCAACGUCACCCUGUACGGCUGCCUGUUCGCCGGCGGGGACCUGGCGCAUCAGCUCAUCGCUCAGAGGGAGCGCAUCGACUGGAAACACACCCGCAACGUGGCCAUCGUGGCGAUCACCUUCCACGGAAACUUUAACUACUUCUGGCUGCGCGCUCUGGAGAGACGUUUCCCAGGAAAAUCCGCAGGGAUGGUUUUCCGCAAACUCCUGCUGGACCAGAGCUUUGCGUCACCUUUGGCCACCAGCGUCUUCUACACAGGUGUGAGCUUCUUGGAAGGUAAGGAGGACAUCUUUGAAGACUGGAGGGAGAAGUUCUUUAACACCUGGAGGACUGGACUCAUGUACUGGCCCUUCAUGCAGUUCCUGAACUUCGUCCUGAUGCCGCUGCACAUGCGGACGGCCUUCAUGGGCUGCUGCGCGUUCCUCUGGGCCUCCUUUCUGUGCUUCUCGCGGCAGAACGGGGACGGCACCGCCACCGUGGCCCUGGCAUUCAUCAUGGACCCCCGGAAAACUCUAGAGGAGAUGCGGCAGGCCCGACUGGCCCGGAAGAGGCAUAAAAUCCAGAGGGAAAACUGAGAAGAGGAACAACAAUAAGAGGAAGACGAAGUUGUUGCCAUGAUGGCCUUUGAUACUGAAGAAAACAACCAAAUCUUUUGCUUAUACUAAAGCAACAUCCAGAAGCUGAAAGACGACAGACCCACUGAGGACCAUUUCCAUCUGUCUGUUAACUAAAACGGCCAAGGACAUGAAAAAUGCAACGACAUAAAGCUUCAUCAGCCAGGAAAAGUCUGACGAAAGACUUCAAAGUUGCACCAUGCUUUACGAAACUCUAAAAAGUUGUUGGAGUACCCAUUUAUAGACCGACACAGCCACUGGAAGAGUAAUAAAAAGCAGUUUAUGCAGUAAAAUUGAUGUCAGGCAGCUAAACAUGCCCACAAUGAAUGGAAGUAUUUCAACAGCACAACCUAAAAAACAUCCAUAAAUAGAUUAAAUCUGGACAAUCCACAAAAGGGUAAACAAUAAAACAAAUGGACUUCUAUUCUGAAAAAUGCAACAUGCAAUAAAAGUCCAGUUGUUUUAUUUUCUAAACCUUUUUUGGAUUGAUCAUGACCUGGAUGACUGAGAAUCCUCACCAACAUAUUAGAUCUGGACCAAAUGAGGGAGGUGCUGGGGGGAAGAACUGUUUUAUCCAUUAAUAUUAUUUUAGUCUAACAAAUGUUUUCAGGUUCACAAAAUCAUUCAGGCUCAUUUGAGUUGGUUGCAGGGGGAACCAAUGGGACAAACUGGACCCUAUUACUGUAAAAAGGAUAAAGUGGACUCCUGUUGUUUACGGUGAGGUAAAAUCUGAUCUUGUCUCUGGUUUGUGUUCCUGUCUCUGAAACUCUAAAUGUAAAGGCUUGAGAUAUUUCUGCUUUUCACCGGCUGUGCCUUUACCUGGUUCUGAUCCGGCUGCCAUGGCCGACUUGUCUGCGGGUUCGGCCGGCUAGUUGCAGAAACCCAUCUGACGUGUGAUUGUAUCUCAUGUCCAGACUAAGUUUAAAUCGUGCAUCACAAGCCCGACGACUGAAAAUCUAUUUGUCAUCUAGAAAGUCCGAAGAAGCUUAGCAAAUGUAACCAGAACCUCUGCAGAACCCAUAGAAAAUACCUUCUUGUGAAUUCAAAGAAAGAUUGGUAGGUCAUCAUUUGUUAGGAAAAUCAAGGACCAUCACAGGGCAGUUAAUGAAUGUCAGAAAUGCAAAAGAUAAAAGUGGACUUUGAAAAAGUUUGAGAGAUUUUAACAAUUUAGACACCAGUCACAGAUUUUCAGGGGUAUAACUUUCCCCUUUUGCAAUUUUCUGGUAAACUUAAAACAGCUAGUGGACGAAACACUGGAAUCAGUGAGAAUAAAUUAAGUUAACAUUAAUUUGGUUUGUGAGAAAAGCCACUCCCCAUGCAGCACACCUGAACUCAUGCUCUCAGUCCCCUUUCAUCCCACUCAUCCUCUGCAUGCUACCUCACAAGGUUUUUUUUUAAAAUUAUGUUGAUUAUCUUAAAAUAUCCCUCCUUCUCACGUUCCUCAUCCCUCUUUAAAACCUUUUUUUGAUUCUUCGCAUCCCAUUCAUCCCUCUUUAGUAUCCUAUUUUCCAUUUAUCCUUCCUAUUUAUCUUUCAUCAUAUUCAUCUUUAUUCAUCCUCCUUCUCGUCCUUCUAGGCAUUUCGUUAACUCAUUCAUCCUUCUCAUCCGUUCUCUGAUCUUAUCUCACCGCUCCUUAUGAAUCCUUUUCAUCCGACUCAUCUCGGUUAUUUUAAAUGCAUUUUAAUCCCGCUGAUCCGCCUCGUCCCUUUUUAAGUUUCUCUCUAAUCUUAUCGAUCCUCAUCAUCCAUCUUCAUGAUAGUCCUUCAUCCCUACUCAUCAUCCUCAUCGCUUUUCAUGAUGUUUGUUAUUAUAUUUCUCAGUUUAGUCCCUCUAUCUCAUUUUCAGUUUAAUCUUCGUCAUUCUUCUUUGCAACCCACUUUAUCCCGCUCAUUUCUACCUAUGCAAUUUUCCUUAUCCACCCUAUGUAAUUAUGUUGCCUGGGUUUUUUUUUAAACUGGAAAGAUCAUCUAAUCCUCAAACAGAACAUCCUGAUCCGUCUCCUCAGUUCAUCCAUCCACCAUCUGCUUGUCCAUGCGCGGGGGGAUUCUACCUUCCUGCAGCGGUCAAUGGGCUAGAAGAUGGAGUUACCCCUGGAAAGUCUGUCAUUAGAGCAGGAAAGAGACACACAGGACAGACAACCAUGCCUGUGGCUAUGUAAACAGGCCAAUUAACCCGACAUGCCCAUUUUUGGACUGUGGGAGGAAGGUGGAGUACCCGGGGAGAACCCACGCAUGCACAGAGAGAACAUCUAGGCGAUGGCUUUCUGCCAUCGCCUAGAAACAUAAACGUAGGAUUAAUUGGUGCCUUUAGGUAUGAGGGUGUGUCUCUGUGACCCUGCAAGGACCAGUGGUUAAAAACAAUGGAUGACGGGAUGUGCUCCAUUCAGUUUAUUCAGAAUAAAAGUUAUCUCAAGGCGCUUUCCAAAACAAAGAAUCCUAUCUAUCUAUCUAUCUAUCUAUCUAUCUAUCUAUCUAUCUAUCUAUCUAUCUAUCUAUCUAUCUAUCUAUCUAUC